AUGACUUGGAAUGAAAAAAUGAUGUUUAAUCUAUUAAAAGGUGAUGAUACGAUACAUUUUGAUGUUUAUGAUAAAGAUUUAAUUGGAAGAGAUUCAAUUGGUAAUGGAAAAGUUAAACUUAAAGAAGUAAUUCAGACUGGUCAUUAUGAUAAUUGGGUUAAAUUACCAAGUCAUUUUGGACUAUCAUCACAUGGUGAAAUCCAUAUUAUUAUGAAUUAUAUUGCACCUUAA